AUGGGUAUCAUCAACGCCGCCAACCGAGUUCCCGAGAACCAGCGCUUCUACCAACAAGCCUACAAGGCUCACACCCGUGUGUGGAUGAUUGGCUCCCGUAGCCGUUGGUACAUGACUCCCUACCUGUUCGUUCUCUGGGGUACCUUUGGAGCUACCAUGUGGGCUGCUGGCCGCAAAAUCACCGGCCACAACACCUGGAUCGGCAAGGACUAA